AAGUCUGUGGAGAAAACAUUUACUAGUUAUAUUCAUUAAUUAUAAACUAAGUUCUUUGACCGUAAUAUUAUAAAGCCACUGUUUUAAAACGUUGUUUACCUUAAUCUAUUUCAUUUUUUUUUAAUUAUCAAAAUGUAAAGUUUCUAACAGUGUACCGGAAGUUUAGGAGGCACCAUGGCGGACCUUAAGAGUUUGCUAUCGGUGUUUUCGUUUCUUCUAGUUUACUAUGGAGAAUGCAGCCAGGAAUUUUUGGAACAGUGUCGGGCUAUUGGUUUUACCAGCAACUUGAUGUGCAGUUCUUGUGAUGAACUAGACCGAUACAAUUUAUCCAAAUUGAAAAAAGGCUGCCAGAGCUGUUGUCAGGAAGAUGCUAAAGAAGAAGUAGAUGUUGAGGUAUUUCCAUAUGCAGAGCUUGCAGUAUGUGGAUGAAAAUUGGGGAGGUUCCCACAGGUGCAAGCGUUUGUGAAGAGCGAUAAGCCCAACAGUUUUCCAGGACUGACAGUCAAAUACCUUCGCGGUGCUGAUCCUGUUAUAAAACUAUUGGACGAAAAUCACAAUGUUCAGCAAACAUUUGGCAUUGAAAAGUGGGACACUGACACCAUUGAGGCUUUUUUGAGCACACGACUACGCAACUAAAGUCUUAGCUUAACAAAGUGCCAUGCAAAAUUUUUGUCUUGUGUUUCUCAUGGCUUGAAAUGAAAUGCCAGAAUUUAUCAUUGUCAUCAGGACAACUGAUGUGUAGACUAGAUUUUGCUUCUUUGACCAUGAUGAAGCAAACUCUUUAUUCCAUUUUGUAAUAAUCUAUGUCAUUUCAAGCCAUGAUAGAAAACAGGUCCUCUCUCUUUCAUCCAUGAAUGAAACAUUGGCAAAAAACCAACCAAAUGGUAUGUCAGUGUUGAAGAUAUGGGAUGAGAGGGAACAUUUUUGGUGGUACUUUUCUUCAAAAUUUUCUCUUUGGGGUGCUUGGAUUGAGUGCAUGUAAUUAUCAGCAACCAUUUGGAUACUUGCACAUAAUACUAUAAAGUUGUGGCAGAUUUCAGUACAUUCUGCCUGUUUCAGUAUGAAGAGCUGCUUGUAUUUUUUAGAGUGGUUUAGAACAAUGACUUCUUCCUUUCCAGUUGAGAAAAGAUGCAGCUAAAAUUUGUUUUAGUCUGAUGAAAACAGACAUAAUUUCAGAUUCAUACAGCUGGAGUUUAUUAAGAGCAGAUAGCUGUUUGACCCAAUGGAUGCUUGUGAGCAUGUGGCAUGUAAAGAGAUGUUCUUUAUAUCUUGUAGUACAAAUGAUGAAAAAAUAAAUGUUUAAAAAUAAA